AUGAUUGCAUGUAACUCUCAAGAAAUAAUUUCCAUUAAUAGAUCCAAAGAGGAAGAAUCGCAAAACAAAAUUUCUACAAAAGAAGAAGUUGAUAUAUCUAAAUUUCCAAUAAUUGAAUUUAAAGGAUAUAUUAAUUGUGUCAGUGGAUUUAAUGAUUGUGCUAUGAUUUGUGAUGAUAUUAUAAAGGAAGUAGAAAAUUCUGAUCAUAAAGAAACAUUAAUAGGAUUUGAUUUGGAAUGGCCUUUUAAUUUUCAUACAGGAAGUGGAAAAACAGCCUUAGCACAAAUUUGUUUCAAUGAAACUAUUUGUUAUUUAUUACAUAUAUAUUCAUUAAAAAAAUUGCCUGCAGCAUUUGUAGUUCUUUUAAGUCAUCCAAAAGUAAGAUUAGUUGGAGUGAACAUAAAGAAUGAUAUUUGGAAAUUAGGCAGAGAUUUUAAAGAAUUUCCUGCUUCUAAAAUUGUUGAAAAUAAUUGUAUUGACAGUAGUAAAUUUGCAAAUGAAAUAUUAAAUAGAUCUUGUCGAUGGAGUUUAGAAAAGUUAACAGCAUAUUUGGUUAGUUUAUUAUAUACAUCUUAA